UUUCAAGGAAAGGUAGCUAAGAAAGAAGAGGCGAAACAAAACCAACAUAUCCUCACCACUCUCUAGGCCAUAAAUACACCUCUGAAAGCCUAGUAUAAAACUUUGAGCUUCCUCUCUUGGUAGUGGUUCUAGUGAGCUCAAUUGCCUUCGUUUGCAAUGAUUCCAUUGAGCAGACGAAGUACAAGGAAAGAAGUAAACAGAGGCUCUUGGACAGCAGAGGAAGACCAGAAACUGGCUCAAGUUAUUGAAAUCCACGGUCCAAAGAGGUGGAAGUUUGUUGCAACCAAAGCAGGUCUUAACCGAUGUGGGAAGAGUUGCAGGUUAAGAUGGAUGAACUAUCUGAGACCCAAUAUUAAGAGAGGCAAUAUAUCAGACCAAGAAGAAGACUUGAUACUUAGGCUUCAUAGGCUCCUAGGAAACAGGUGGUCAUUGAUUGCUGGAAGACUACCAGGUAGAACAGACAAUGAGAUUAAGAAUUAUUGGAACUCCCAUUUGAGCAAAAAGAUAAAGCAGAGAGAAAGACAAAACAGAGCAGUCUCAAAAGCAGAACAAGAGUCCUCUGACACUAAGAAUAUCCAGGUAAUGGAGGUGAAUGCUCUGACAAUUGGAAGAGAAGAUGCCUCCAAAUGCGAGGAGAGCUUCAAGUCUGGCUUUAAUGGAGACGAGUUUUUUGACUGCUCAAGUGAUGAAGGGCCUUUGAACUUGGAGUGGAUGAAUAAAUUCCUUGAAAUGGAUGAGAGUUGGUUUACUUUGCAUGACAUUUAAGCUUUGUUCCUUUCUUUUUUUCCCCUUCUCUUUUUCUGGUUAUUGCAUUUGUGAGGCCUUUUGCUAAUUCUAGGAAAAUCCCACUUCAUGUUUGUUCCUUCUGUAUCUAUUUUCCACUAUGUGAGGUUCUUUUUCCUUGAAUUAACAAAGCAUAUGUUGGUGUGACAA